CCCCCAGGAGCUUUCCGUGUCCCGUGAAGCCUGAUCAGAAGUCGGCAUCGUUGCUCUUCAGGCAGGCACAGCAGCUGGGGUAAGCUGGGUUGCCAUGGAGACGUCCAAAGCAAGUCUGGCAGUGCACUGCUGCACCAGGCCCCAGCCAGGUGGGGAAGCCUGAGGACAAACACACGCCAGCUCCAAACUUCCUGGCUGGGGAACCGUCAGAAGAUUUACCUGGGCUACUUUGGAGACCCACCAGCCUUCUCCCUGCAAAUAGGAAAUCUGCAUACUCCUGGGCAAAUCCGUCCGCGUGAGACAGUGAUCUCUCCGCACAGCUACAGAGCCACAGACUGCUUGAAUGCUGGUUGAGACAAUGGAGAAGUAUGAGCAAAUACUAACCAUAGGCAGGGGAUCAAGUGCUGAGGUCUUCCUGAUGAGGAACACAGAGACAAAGAAACUGUUUGCCGUGAAAAAAAUCAAGACAGAUCCAUCAAAGAAAAUGAGAACCAAAGAGGCAGUGCUUCAGGAGGUGACCAUCCUGGGCAAACUCAAGCACCCCCACAUUGUAACCUGCCAUGAGCACUUCUUUGAGGAGGAACAUAUGUUCAUCAUCCAGGAUUACUGUGAUGGUGGCUCCCUGGAUGACCACAUUAAGAUGAGGAAGGAGGGGUACUUUCCCGAGAACACAAUCAUGGAAUGGUUUGUGCAGCUAGCUAUGGCUGUUCAGUACAUCCACUCCAUGAAGAUCCUGCACCGAGAUAUCAAAACAUCCAAUGUGUUUCUCACUAAGAAAGGGAUGGUGAAACUGGGGGACUUUGGCAUUUCGAAGGUCAUGAACAGCACCCUGGACAUGGCAAGCACUUUUGUAGGCACACCCUAUUACUUGAGCCCAGAGCUCUGCGAGGAUGUGCCGUACAGCUCCAAGUCGGACAUCUGGGCACUGGGAUGUGUUCUCUUUGAAAUGUGUGCCUUAAAACCACCCUUUGAUGGAAUAAAUCUGGUCAGCUUGUUUUACAAGAUUGUGAAAGAUGAGUAUGCUGCUGUGCCAGAGUGCUAUUCUGAGCCCCUGCAUGGCUUGAUCCAAACCAUACUGGAGAAGUGCCCAGAAAAGAGACCCAGUGCCAGCAGCAUCCUUAACAUCCCUUAUGUCCAGCAACACCUCAAGCUUUUCCUUCUUCACCAAGAAUCCCAGCUCUUCAAGCAGCAACAUCUGGCCAAGCUCCAUGAGGAGGACAACACAGAUCCCCUCCCACCCACAUCUCAAAGUAAGACACUGUUGGCUCACCAAGGGAGGGGAGCCUUAAGGCCAAAGUCAGCUCCACCGUAUGUCAGCACCCACAGUCCAGAGCUUUUUGAGCCAGAGGAGCUCUUCAGCACUCUAGACAGCAGCUCAGAUUACUCUGAAGACUUUGAGCAUGAAAGUGUGUCUUCCAUUGAGGAGAACUUAGAAGACGACAUACCCAUUCCACCUCUGAUCAAGGAGGUGCCAAGAGAGAUAAACCAGUGCAGCUCUCCUGACAGACUAUUACCCUCCAGCCCUCUGAGCACAGAUUUACAAGAGUGGAAGGAUGAAGCAGAGCUGACCGAUUACCCUGAUGAUUUCGAGGAGGUUGAGGAAACCAGCCUGGAGGAGGUGGUGAGCAAUGCUCGCUGUGCGAUCAAGGUGCCAGCUGACAAUGAGGCAUUCCAGGAGGAACAGGUGGAUCACCAAGGGCCCGCUGUUCUCUCCUCCACCCUGAAGACUUUGCGGGAGACAUGCAAAGGUGGGGUUGGACCUUCUCUGUAUGAUGAAAUCACAGGUCAGGCCCAGUUCACCCCUGAGGAUCUGCAGCCUCAUUUUGAACAUCGAAUGGGCCCUGACCACCUGGAGACCUGCUACCUGCUCCUCAGCUUGGACCAGGAAACAACUUAGUCCAGGCCUCUUCAUGGAAACAGCCUGAAGGACGAGAGUUUAGCUGAAGAUACAAAGUAGUGUGCUGCUGAGUGUUGUUCCAGAUUGGCAAAUAAGGUGGCCUGAUGGCCAAUGCUGAGUUUUCACUCCUUGCUUGGUACAUAAGAGCAGCCAUGCUGGGUCAAACCAAUGGUCCAUCUAGCCCAGUGCCCUGUCUUCCAACAUUCUUGGUCAUUCUUCCAACAGCGGCCAGUGCCAGGUGCUUCAGAGCAAAUGAACGGAACAGGCAAUCGAGUGAUCCAUCCCCUGUUAUCUACUCCCAGCUUCUGGCAGUCAGAGGUCUAGGGACACUCAGAGUAUGCGGUUGCAUCCCUGACCAUCUUGCUAAUAGCCAUUGAUGGACUAUCCUCCACAAAUAGCAUCACAAUAAUAUAAAGCACUGAGCCUGCUGGAAUCCUGCUGCAGAGAUGGAGUGCAGAAGGAGGGUGCAGUGGCAUAGGGUGUGCAGUCACUAAAGUACCACUUUCCAAUGCAAAACUAGGGUUUUUUUUCUUUUCCAAACUACAUUUUCAUUUGCCCUUGGAUUAUUUUUUGGCCCAGGAGAUGGAGCUGUAGGAAGUAGCACAAUAUAAAUAAAGGUUUAUGACAGACAUUAGAAGGUUUGACAGCUCUGGGCGCUGACGUACAUGGUAUAAGCAGAAGGCUCACUCAGCAAUGUGAAAAUAUAGACUCUUCAUUAAGUCUUGUUCACUUGCUAAUCCUGAAGUCUCUGAAAACUCCCCAGUCCCUGCCUAUCUUGUGCCACAGCCAAAUAACUAUUGACUUCCAAAUGCUGAUCCACAGACCCAGAAGCUCUAACUAAGCCCAGAGCUGUAACUGUAAUAGGUACCACUUCCCUGGAAGCACAGUUUUGAUCUGGUCUACUACAUCCUUUUAUAGGACUUGUGUGAAGUGAGGGAAUAUGAGAGCUAGUCUUCCCUCUUUCUUAUCUUCAGACUAGAGUCCCAUUGACGGCUGAUCAACCAAUGCUUCUGUGAUUUCUAAGUCAAGCUGAAAUUCUGAAGUGGCAAGAGUCUCAUAGGUAACACAUGCCAUCUGUGCCUUCAGAAUGUCUGCAGACACCUCUGCAUGGAUUGCCUCCCACAACCCAUAUUAAAAGGGGCAGGAUCAACUUGAAAACCACUUUUCUAUCUGAAAGUUGUGUACGAAAAAUUCGUAUUAAUGAAAGAGAUUAGAGGAAAUGUAUGUAGCAAUUCCAUUUUGAUAGAACUCUCAUGCAUUCAUUAGGGAGGGGAACUCAUAGGCAGCGUUCCCCGGGCCUGGUGAUGGUGGAGCUCAUGGCUAUGCUCAUCACCAGACCCCACAAGUGGUUGUUUAUUGGUAACAGCAUCAGCACAGCUGAAAUGGGAGGCAUGUGUAGUGAGGAAGGGACAGGGGAAGUGUGGAGGUCAGAGGGUGCACAUGGUUGUUGGUAUUGCUGCCAGGUAUGCCCAAGAGAUCCUUGUUAAGGAUUAGAAGGGAGCAGGAAAAGCCUUAUAAAACAAAAUAUGAAAGAAGCAUUGCCAAUCCUAAGUGUUCAAACAUCGUGAGUCAGGCCCAAAAAAUCAUGAGCAUUUAAAAAACAACUUCAGAGUCUUAUUUGCCUUUAGAGUUCACAUUUGCAAACCCAGACACUUACCUUUUAAUGAAAGCUAAGAUUCUCACAUAAUGUCCCAACUUCAAGACCUGGGGCAGAGGGGAAGGGAGGAUGUAAAAAUAUCUACCAAGUAUCACAGGAGUUGAAAACACUGUAAAAAGGAAUUUUUGAAAAACGUCCUGUCCAUGCUAUUUAAAGGGUGCUCUGUCAGAAAUCUGAAUGUUUUAAAACAACUUGACAAUGUCCCUUUAAAUCUGAGAUGGCUUUGAACAGCUAUGACCAUGGGCACACACAGUUACUGCACUUAACAUAAAAAUAAAGCUAAAACUCAGACUGAGUUGCUGAUUAAUAAUAACUGCAUCAGUGCCCACUUCACCUAAACAAACUCUCAGUCAUCUGCAUUACAGUGACAGUUCUGCUCUAUUUCCUCUGUAACUCUCAAUGGAGAAGAAAGGAAACACCAAAGCUUUCAGUAUAUUUAUUUCUUCUUACUAUAUUCAGCUUUUGCAGUAUUGCUGUAAUCAUGUUGCUCCCAGAAUAUGAGACAGACAAGGCAAGCUUCUGUUGGUGAAAGAGACAAGUUUUCAAGCUUCACAGAGCUCUUCUUCAGGCCUGGAAAAGGUAAUCAGAGUCCCACAGCUAAAUACGAGUUGGGAGAGAUUAUUAAUUGUAAGGGGUUAAGAUAUGUUGCAAGCAAUCACUUAUUCCAAAUGCUAAAUUCUACCAAACAAAGAUCUCGGCAAAUAAUUUCCAGUUAACAAUUUAUUCUACAAAUUUACUCUCUUUUUCUACUUGCAAAAUAUCCUUGAGCCACUCCUGAUUUACUUAAUUAUAUUAGCAAAAAGAACAAGGAGUACUUGUGAUACCUUAGAAACCUGUAAUUAUAUCAAUUAUUCACAACCACAACUAUUGAUAAGUGAUUUAGGGCACCAGCAUGGAUUCACCAAGGGAAGGUCAUGCCUGACUAAUCUAAUCGCCUUUUAUGAUGAGAUUACUGGUUCUGUGGAUGAAGGGAAAGCAGUGGAUGUAUUGUUUCUUGACUUUAGUAAAGCUUUUGACACGGUCUCCCACAGUAUUCUUGUCAGCAAGUUAAGGAAGUAUGGGCUGGAUGAAUGCACUAUAAGGUGGGUAGAAAGCUGGCUAGAUUGUCGGGCUCAACGGGUAGUGAUCAAUGGCUCCAUGUCUAGUUGGCAGCCGGUAUCAAGUGGAGUGCCCCAAGGGUCGGUCCUGGGGCCGGUUUUGUUCAAUAUCUUCAUAAAUGAUCUGGAGGAUGGUGUGGAUUGCACUCUCAGCAAAUUUGCGGAUGAUACUAAACUGGGAGGAGUGGUAGAUACGCUGGAGGGGAGGGAUAGGAUACAGAAGGACCUAGACAAAUUGGAGGAUUGGGCCAAAAGAAAUCUGAUGAGGUUCAAUAAGGAUAAGUGCAGGGUCCUGCACUUAGGAUGGAAGAACCCAAUGCACAGCUACAGACUAGGGACCGAAUGGCUAGGCAGCAGUUCUGCGGAAAAGGACCUAGGGGUGACAGUGGACGAGAAGCUGGAUAUGAGUCAGCAGUGUGCCCUUGUUGCCAAGAAGGCCAAUGGCAUUUUGGGAUGUAUAAGUAGGGGCAUAGCGAGCAGAUCGAGGGACGUGAUCGUCCCCCUCUAUUCGACAUUGGUGAGGCCUCAUCUGGGGUACUGUGUCCAGUUUUGGGCCCCACACUUCAAGAAGGAUGUGGAUAAAUUGGAGAGAGUCCAGCGAAGGGCAACAAAAAUGAUUAGGGGUCUGGAACACAUGACUUAUGAGGAGAGGCUGAGGGAGCUGGGAUUGUUUAGCCUGCAGAAGAGAAGAAUGAGGGGGGAUUUGAUAGCUGCUUUCAACUACCUGAAAGGGGGUUCCAAAGAGGAUGGCUCUAGACUGUUCUCAAUGGUAGCAGAUGACAGAACGAGGAGUAAUGGUCUCAAGUUGCAGUGGGGGAGGUUUAGAUUGGAUAUUAGGAAAAACUUUUUCACUAAGAGGGUGGUGAAACACUGGAAUGCGUUACCUAGGGAGGUGGUAGAAUCUCCUUCCUUAGAGGUUUUUAAGGUCAGGCUUGACAAAGCCCUGGCUGGGAUGAUUUAACUGGGAAUUGGUCCUGCUUCGAGCAGGGGGUUGGACUAGAUGACCUUCUGGGGUCCCUUCCAACCCUGAUAUUCUAUGAUUCUAUGAUUUCUUGUCAGACAGGAUGCUAUUAAACAGGCAUCCGAUGAAAUGAGCUGUAGCUCACAAAAGCUUAUGCUCAAAUAAAUUGGUUAGUCUCUAAGGUGCCAGUAGUACUCCUUUUUAUUAAACUACGUUUUCUUUAGCCAUCUUAAGAUCUGUUUCUUUAUCUGGUGAUUGUGGGCACCUUCUUAACAGCCUGAUAUAACUUUGUUUUAAUGUAAUUUAAAUGGAAAUGGAAAGGAUGUGACUUCCUGCUUCUCAGCUAAUGCCUGCUGAUCGGCUGCUCUUUUAAUCUGUCUGCAGAGGAAGGCCUUAGGCUUUAGGUCUUACAGUAUGGUUGCAGACAAAGGCCUUAUCCUUAUGGAAGGAUGGGAGUGGGAUACCCCAAAAAACCAAAGUGAUUCAGCAGCAAAAUUUAGCAAGUCUUGAUAGGUCUACUUCUUUGUGUUGGUUUUUUCCCCAUCUCUUUGUUAACACCUUUUAGAGAGGAAGGAUUACACUGUAACUAAAAUAGUGUUAGUGAAGAAGUGUGUGGGACACAUGUUAUGCUUUGGAAUAUUCAAAUAUUAUUGUAUCAACUUUCUAAGUGUUAUAAUGAUGCACAUAUCGUUAUGGGCUGUCUAGUGACUGGACUCGUAGCUCAAUGAGUGAGCUACAAGAUGUUUUCCUGUAGGAGCUAAAAUCACUGGUGGGUGUGUGGUGAGGGGGGAGGUAAUGUAUGCAAAUCACUAAUGCUAAACACAGCAGGUAACAAGUGUGGGGAAGUUUUGUCCCCUGGAGAAAUAGCAUAGAAUGGUUUGACCUGGUUCAAGUGGCCUGUCAGAAAAAGAACUGUAAACCAUAUAAAGUAGCCACUGUGACACAGGGAGAGAGUUUACUCACCC